AUGGAGUCUGCAAAAAACAGAUCUGCCAACUGGCAUCACAGCGAGCGAUCGUAUCUUCUGGAGCUCGUGCAGGACCGUGCCCACAUCUUUGCUAAUAGAGCAAAUGAUGCUCUAAACAACAAAAGUAAAAACCUAGCUUGGGAUGAAGUUUGUUCUGCAAUUAUUGCCAGAUAUGGGAACAAGUGGACCACCGGGCAAAUAAAGACCAAGUGGAAACAACUUCGCAGCCAGGCAAAAAAGGAGUAUGGCGAGUGGAAGAGACGCUCCCGUAUGACGGGAGGAGGGCCACCUCCAGAUCCUCCUUCAUCAGUAACUCUAUUAAUCAAGGAGAUUCUCCCAAGUGACUUUAUCCAGUUGUCUAACCCAUAUGACGAUGAUGCCGGGUUGAAUAAUGAGGCUGUCACAGCCCUGGAAUUUCUAAGCCAUGGAGGUCUGACCACAGGCGAUGAUUGUUUGCAGCAAGACGAACAGAACAGUCUUCAUCCAGCAACAAGUCAUGAACCAGUUCUUGCAUCAACAAGGCAAGACGAACAGAACAGUCUCCAUCCAUCAACAAGUCAUAAACCAGUUGUUGCAGCAACAAGGCAAGACGAACAGAACAGUCUCCAUCCAUCAACAAGUCAUAAACCAGUUCUUGCAUCAACAAGUCAAGCAAACAUGCAGAACAGUUCCCUUCCAUCCACAACUCAGAAUGGAGACAUUGAAACAACAAGGCAAGACACAACUCGAAACUCGUGGAGAGAAGAGGCGAUCAACCAUUCCCCACCAACCAAAAACUAG